AUGCAACGUGCACCCUCGCUACCUCUUCUUCCAGGAUUUAAUUUCGACACAAAAAUUGGACAAACUAGAUUCCAUAGGCGUCAGAACUUUGACAAAAUUCAUGAUGGUGUGUACUACUUGUCUGAAAGAACAAUGUUUGGUAACCUCGAAGGUUUUUCGAAAUUUGAUCGCUACCCUUCAGUUUAUCCCCGAGGAGAGGUGCGAACGGUCCCACCCUGGCUAGCCUUUGACGGACAGAGACUGAUGUUCAAAGCAUAUUUUCAAGAAACUGUUCAAGAGAGGUGGAGUUCGAAUUUCCAGAUUCGUGUAGUCACUAUUAGUUUCUUUCUGGAGGAUGGAACUAUUAAAAUAUCAGAGCCGCCAGUGAACAACAGUGGCCUCGAGCAAGGAGUACUUCUGAGACGGCAGAGAAUACCAAUGCCAGAACCAGCGAGUUAUCGGUUUUACGAUAUUUUGGAUCUUAACAUUGGUAAGGAACCGCAAUUUUUUGGCCGCGUUUACAAAAUUGUAGAUUGUGACGAGUUUACCAGGAGAUUCUUGAAUCGUAUGGGGAUCCCUGUACCAAAUUCUUUAGAAAUUCCUUCUGAUCGUUAUAACGAGGGACGCAAAGUUGAAUUCUUUCCAAAAAAACCGAAUCUAAAGAUAGACACUCUGGGCCAAUUCUUAAAAAACGACAGGAAGGUUCUGCGAUUUUACGGCUAUUGGGACGAUUCUGACAGUCCUUUCGGAGUCGUACACCACUUGGAAAUACAUUAUUAUCUCGCCGACGAUACAAUCGAGAUAAAAGAAAACAUUCCUCCGAACUCUGGACGAGACAGCGGGGUGACGUUUGUCAAAAGAACAAAAAUACCUAAGUUUUACUCCAGGCUGGAUCCCAUAGGAGCUCAAGAACCCUACACGGUACUUAAUGUUUUGGGCGAAAAUGCCGCAUCCACAUAUUACGUAGUAGAUCCUUUGGACACUGGAAAGUUUUCUAAAGAAUACUAUAAAGAUAAUGAUCUCGCUAUUGGAGCACGAAUCAGUGUUUUUGGUCGAGAAGUUGUCAUUGUUGACCUUGAUCCGUUUACGAAGGAGUACUAUAGAAAAAAGUACGGAAUUAAUGAUUUCACGCCACUCGAAAUUCCGAAUACGGAGUCAUCUUGUAAAUCCGUGAAACCAGAAAUCCCACCGUAUAAUGGUUUCGGUUCUUAUGAUGAUUCCCUUGGGAAUUGUUUUUCGGUGAUACCGAAAGCGCCCAAGAUGAACUUCACGAAAUUCUACAACUACGACAAACACGGAUUCGAUGGUCACGUCUUAAGGUACCGGGCAAAAAUGAUUUCUAAUAUACCUGAAAACGUGGAAAGACAUUUUAUUAUCAGAAUUUUUUUAAUGGAUGACACUGUCUCGAUAUUCGAGUUAGCACCGAGAAACUCAGGCUUCGUAAGCAGCCUUUUCCAGAAAAGAAUGCGAGUAAUGUUGCCGGGGCAGAACGUGUUUACAAACAAGCCACCAAAAUAUUACGAACCCCAAGACUUUUAUGUUGGUGCCCGAUUAAAUCUCUGUGAAUUCCAUUUCUUACUUACAUCCGCAGACGUGUACACGUUGCGUUAUAUGGAACUUCAUUGCGACAAGUUUCCUAAAGCUAACAUAAAAUUAAUCAUGGAAAAACUAAGAGAGUCCUUGAAGCCAGUUUACAAGGAAUUCCUUAAGGAGUAUUGUCCUUGUCCGAAAGAAGAUAUUCAGAAACAUGUGUUGGAAUAUAGGAGGCUUAAGGAAGCGCUCUGCAAAUAUCUUGGUGAUAAAAUAACCGAACAUGAGAUGAUCACUACUGCUCGACAUUAUUCAUCCCAUGAGAAAAAAGAAUUUUACUCCAGGGAAUAUAUCAGGAGACUCGUACAUACAGAAAUCACUCGUUUGCUAUGGAAUGAUUUGGACAGAUUGUCGGAAGAUCUUCGUUAUCGAGAUCGUAUGAACACGGGAUACUUAUCUCGCCACGAUAUAUACACAGUUUUACGAGGAUGUAGAGUGCCCAUGGACAUAGAACUUCUUAAUUCUAUGCUAGACCACCUUAAAACAAACGAAGAAGGGAAGAUCGAUUACCAUGACUUGUUAGAGGUCAUGAAUGUGAAAAUAAAUCCUGUGACUCCUGUUGUUCCAGUCAACAUCAAGACGGCGCUAUGGUGGGCUUCAGAGAAGGAACCGGAUUGUGGUGCGGGAAUAGAUUGGUGUGCAUUCUUGAAGGAUUUAAAUAUAGAGGAUGAAAGUAUACCAGAAACUGGGAAGAAGUAG